AUGGGAAGAUAUCAUAGGUGUUAUUGCCUAAGAAGUUUACAACAAGAAACAGCCAAUUCGGAGCUCGUGUGCAGUGGCAGCGGUGUUACCGGCAGCUGCAGCCAAGCGUUUGGCGCCAUGUCUCACACCAUUUUUUUGGUACAGCCUACCAAGAGACCAGAAGGCAGGACUUACGCUGACUAUGAGUCUGUGAGUGAGUGCAUGGAAGGUGUUUGUAAAAUGUAUGAAGAACAUCUGAAGAGAAUGAAUCCCAACAGCCCCUCCGUCACCUACAAUAUCAGUCAGUUGUUUCACUUUAUCAAUGAUGUGGCAGAUCUCAGCUGUCUUGUUUACCGAGCUGAUACACAGACGUACCAGCCUUAUAACAAAGAUUGGAUCAAAGAGAAGAUCGAAGAUCUAUGUGCUCCUUCGUCGAGAGCCCAACAGGCUGGGAAGUAG